AUGGUAUCUGGAAGGUCGUACAUAGAUGGGCUUGUGGAUCACAUUGAUUCUGUGGACAUGGAUGUGUUUUCAAUCCACGAGUUAGCUAAUAUGAUGGCAGUUUUAGGGUACAAUGAUGGAGGUAUAAUGUUUUACCAUUUCAAGAUCCUAGAGAUAGACUUGGAUAGUGGAUUGUUACUAUGUGGCACCGAUCAGGAAGUCAUUCAGCUGGCAAGGUAUGUGUCUAAUCAUAAGGAAAUUAAUUUGUACAUUGAGCAUGGGAAUACUAAAGUAGUCCCUUACUUUAAGUGCCCGUUCAAGGUUCGUAUUGAGGAAGUUGAAGGGGAUAAUUCUCCUGAAAUGAAAAGGGUUAAAAUGAAAAGGAAAUCAGUUGGGUCUUGUAGUAAAAAGUUGGAUUUGAAUGAGCCUAGUGAUUUGUCAAAGUUGAUUGUACCCUAUGAACAUGUGAUAAAAAAAACACUCAACUCAUCGAGAGAGUGA